AUGUGUAGUUAUGUACCAGAAGAUGUAAUGGUGAGUAUCUUUGAACGACUACCAAUCAAGUUCCUCCUCCGAUUCCGAUCGCUCUCCAAAUAUUGGUAUUCUCGUAUCGCUAGCCCCGAAUUCAUCCGCAAUCACCCUCUUCGUUCUGAUCAGAAAGUCCUCAUUAGACACUUGAUUAAAGUUACAGAUGUCAAUUUUAUAGACAUGUAUACCUUGCACUCGCCUAGUGGGUACGUCAAACCUGGAGUUGAGUUGGCACAUUAUCGUCCUGAUCUAGACACUGUUGGUUCGUGUAAUGGAAUCAUAUGUCUGUUGGAAUUCGGGAUUAGUCUAUGGAACUUUUCAAUUAGGCGUAAACUAACCCUACCCCGUCAUCCUUCUUUCAAAGACGAAAUUAGCUAUCCUGGAAAGGCAGCAUUUGGUUUUGGUUUUGACCCAGUCACCGAUGAUUACAAGGUUGUGGCCAUAUCCUACUUAAAAUAUACAGAUGGUGUUGCACACAAUGAGGAUUCCUUUAUUUACUCCCUGAAAACAAACUCUUGGGAUUCGAUUAUUUCUUCACCACCUACUCCGUUUAUUCAUGCAUGGUCGAAGGCAUGUUUUUUCAAUGGAACAUUACAUUGGGUGGUCGUUGGCUUAGUUCACGAACCACCGAUAGAAACAAGUAUUAUCAUGACAUUCAAUUUGUUUACUCAUGCUUUUGGUACUAUCUCAUUGCCAACUUCCUUUGGGAAAAGGGGACAAAUAACGACCAUUAAUGGUUCGUUAGCUUUGGUUUCCUUAAAACACGGUUAUAAUAGGAUUUGGGUGAUGAGUGAGUAUGAUAAUGCUAAAUCUUGGUCUGUGUAUCUUUAAGUGAAAAACACCUAUGAUCAAGUUAGGGUCCUGCAACCUAUCAUCAAUGAUAAAAUAUUGAUAUACGAUUACUACAGGCUUCAAGUUUAUAACCCCCAGACUGGGUUGGUCACGGAAAUUUUGAAAUUCAGACAUAACUGUCAUCGGGUUAUGGAAAACUACGUCGAAAGCCUUGAAUUGUUAGACAAAGGGACUACUUCCGGGGAAACCAUCUUCUCUUGGAUUGAAAAGCAUAAUCAAGAAAGAAUUAGUGUAUCAGAAUUGCUAGAAAACGAGUACUCUGGUUUGAGUUAUAACUUUUAGUAGUAUUUUUCUAGUCAUGAAGCCUUGUUUAAAUCUUACUUUAGCUACAAUAAUGAUCAUACUUGAAGGUAGCACUUUUUUCCCCUUCCAGAUAGAUAUUAGGUUAACAAACAAUAUUAUCUAUCAAGUUUUUCUCCCCUAUGUUUAUUGUUUAGUGAUAAUGCUACAAAACCAACAAAUGCAAUAUAUACCUGUGUGUGUGC